AUGCCGUCCGGAUAUAAGCAUGGCGACACGCCAAAGAAGGCCAUGGUUCGAGGCACCAUCUCGUACCUCGAGUCUCAGGGCCUGCCUGUCAACAAGUCAGCCAUCUUUCGGCACUUUGAUCUGUCGCGAUCUCAAGGUUAUGCCGCGUUGAGCGUCCCCGCGUCUAAGCGCAAUGAUCCCGAAUGGGAGGAAACGCGUGGAAGACCCCUCAAGAUCUCCGAGGAAGACCAGCAGAAGAUGGAGAAGAUUCUCUGGAAUGACGCCUACAUCAAUGUUAACUUGAACUGGCAUGGACUGGCCAAGGAAGCUGGUGUCGAGGUUGAUGUGAAUCCCAGGACUCUGCACAGAACAAUGGGAACGUUGGGCUACCGACGAUGCCUGGGAUGUCCGAGGAUCUGGGUGCAUAAGAAGGCUCGCGAGAAGAGAGUCGAAUACGCCAGACGCAUGCUUGAAGCGUACCCUCAUCCACAGGACUGGAGAGCCAUCCGGUUCAGUAUCGAGCUCCACUUUGGGUUUGGCCUUGAUGGAAAGAUGCGUCUUAUUCCCCGACCUGGUGAACGUUUCUGCGAGACAUGCGCAACCACUCCCGAGGCUGAAUGGCCACGCGACUUGCGAAAGGCCCACGCUUGGGUUGCUGUAGGUUACGGGUUCAAGAGUGAAGCUGUCUUUUACGAAGAUUCCACCAGCCCGAACUGCACUGGCGUCAUGACCAUGCAAGAGUACAAGGACCACAUCCUCGAGAAGACGGUCAAGCCAUGGCUCACAGCCACCGGCGCCCAGAGCUUCAUCCUCGAAGAAGACUGCGAGGCUUUCGCCCACGGCGCUGCAAGCAAGGUUAAUCUGGUUCAGCAAUGGAAGGAUGAGCACGGCUUACGAUACUACUACAACUGCGGCGAUAGCCCCGACCUCAACCCGCUCGACAGCCUUUGGCCCAGUCGCAAGCAGUGGAAUCUGGAUGCCCCCAAGGACUGGGAGGACGAGACUCUCCAGAAGAUGGUCAAGGAUGUGUGGGCAGGGUUCGACAUGGAGAGAGUCAAUAUGUGGGUUGACUUCAUGCCGCAGCGACUGCAGCAGGUUAUCGAUUCGGAGGGCACGCUGGUGCCUUGGUGA